AGUGUUGAGUUGUGCUGGUUAAAACAGUUGAAAUUAUAUUUUUCUCUUCCUUUUCUUUCAGCUACAGCUGCAGAAAACCCAAUAUUUGCAACUGGGGCAGAGUCGUGGCCAGUACUAUGGGGGGUCAUUGCCAAACGUGAACCAGAUUGGGAACAGUGCCAUGGAUCUCCCCUUCCAGCACAACGGAGCUCUGGCUGAAGCCUUUGGAGCAGUUCCUGUCUCUUUGACCCCGUUCCAGUCGUCGGCGCUGGACACCAGCAGGACCACGCGGCACCACGGGCUGGUGGACAGAGUGUACCGGGAGCGCAACCGCCUGGGCUCGCCGCACCGCCGGCCGCUCUCCGUGGACAAGCACGGCCGCCAGGUGGACAGCUGCCCCUACGGCACCGUGUACCUGUCACCGCCGUCAGACACCAGCUGGAGGAGGACAAAUUCUGAUUCUGCCUUGCACCAGAGCACGAUGACUCCAGCUCAGCAAGAAUCCUUUUCAGGAGGCUCACAGGACAUGCAGCAGAAAAGAGUUUUAUUACUGACUGUGCCUGGAAUGGAAGAAACCACCUCUGAUGCAGACAAAACCCUCUCUAAGCAAGGCUGGGACACUAAAAAGACUGGGUCAUCGAGACCUAAAUCCUGUGAAGUUCCAGGAAUCAACAUCUUCCCCUCGGCGGAGCAGGAGAGCCCCGCGGCGCUGAUCCCCGGCACCCACAACACGGGGGGGUCCCUGCCCGACCUGACCAACAUCCACUUCCCCUCGCCCCUGCCCACGCCCCUGGACCCCGAGGAAUCCUUCCCUGCCCUCAGCAGCUCCAGCAGCACCGGCAACCUGGCGGCCAACCUGACCCACCUGGGCCUCGGCUCCGGCGCCCAGGGGAUGACGACGACGCCGGCCCCGUCCCAGCACCGCCAGCCCAGCGUGAGCCCCCUGUCCCUGGGCGCGGACUCACGGCGACCUCAGUCCCAGCAAAUGUCCCCCACGCUGUCCCCGCUGUCACCCAUCACUCAGGCCGUGGCUAUGGAUGCAUUGUCCCUGGAGCAGCAGCUCCCCCCGUACCCCUUCUUCACCCAGACCAGCUCCCAGCAGCAGCAGCAGCCAGCAGUGGCCAGUUCCUUGCCCCAGACCCCCCCUCUGCUGCAGAGCUCGGGGCUGCAGAGGGGUCCCCAGCUCCCCCCUCUGUCUGUCACGGUACCUUCCACCAUCCCCCAGUCCCCUCCAGGGAGCCAGAGCCAGCCCUCCAUGGGAAUUGACAUCAACUCGGCCUCACUCCAGCAGUACCGCAGUAAUGCUGGCUCCCCAGCCAACCAGUCUCCCACCUCUCCUGUCUCCAAUCAAGGCUUCUCUCCUGGCAGCUCCCCUCAACAUUCUUCCAUGCUGGGCAGUGUUUUUGGGGACUCCUAUUAUGAGCAGCAGAUGACAGCUAGGCAGGCUAAUGCCCUCUCCCACCAGCUGGAGCAGUUCAACAUGAUCGAGAACGCCAUCAGCUCCAACAGCCUGUACAGCCCCUGCUCCACCCUCAACUACUCGCAGGCUGCCAUGAUGGGACUGACGGGCAGCCACGGCAGCCUGCAGGAGUCCCAGCAGCUCAACUACUCCAGCCACGGCAACAUCCCCAACAUCAUCCUGACAGUGACAGGAGAAUCCCCCCCCAGCUUAUCAAAAGAACUGACCAGCUCCUUGGCAGGAGUGGGGGACGUCAGCUUCGACACGGAUUCCCAGUUCCCCCUGGACGAACUCAAAAUUGACCCUUUGACCCUGGAUGGACUGCACAUGCUCAACGACCCCGACAUGGUCCUCGCCGACCCCGCCACAGAGGACACCUUCCGGAUGGACCGGCUGUGAGCCGCCGGGACCUGCCCCGCGCCCGGGGGGAGCAGCUGCUCCGCGCCCCCUGUACAGUGAGCACCCUCAGCUUGUCGUUCUGAGCUUGCUGCCCCCGCCCAGCCGCGCCGCCCCGCAGGAGCAGCUCGUCCCGGUUUGUCCCGGUUUGUCCCGGUUUGUCCCGGUUUGUCCCGGUUUCCAUCGUCUCCAGACCCCCCCCGCCCCAGCCCGGCUCCCUGUCCGUGUCUCCCCCCAGGAAGGGCUCUGCAGUGAGGUGCAGGGGCUCUGUCCCCUCCCUGCAGCUGGGACUCUGCUCUGGCACCCCCAGGUGUCCUGCUUGUCCCCCACGCAGCAAUCCCGGCCACCAAGCCCCAAAAUCCACUUUAAACACUAUUUUUUCCAAGCUUUUUACAGGUUUUUUUUUUUGUUUUAUUUGGUUUUUUUUAAAUAUACAUGUAAUAUAUAUCUGUUUCUAUAUAUGGCUACAUAUAUAGAGAGCAUUUCUGAGCACACAUGAAAGUUCUAUAAUUCAUUACUUGAUUAGACAGAGGAUCAGAACAUCUUAAAGCAGCUAAAAAAAUAGAGACUAACCUGCAUAAUCCUAAUUUUUACUUUGUGAGAGAUUCCUGGGCAACAGGAAGGGCAUUUCCAUAGCAAUGCCAGGCUCGUAGAAUCAUGAUUUUUUAAUUUUUUAUUCUUAUUCAUUACUUAUUCUGUUACUUAUUUAUGAUUUUUUUUGUUGUCAUUGUUGUCAUUUCUUUUUUUUUUUAAUUUAAAUGUUUGGAUAUUAGGAAAGUAGCUCAACUACAUACAGCCAAUGGAAGCACUCUACAUAA